UCCCAGAAGCGUCCGUCGCCUAGGGCGGGGAUCCUGUCCCUCCCUGCCGGGAGGAGUGUGAGGAGGCGGCAGCUCAAUGGGGGGUGGGUGUAGCCAGCGCGAGCCCAAGCAGGGCUUUAUAAGGGGCCGUCCCGCCCGGGGCUGGCAAGUCGAGAUUCCUGGAGAGUAUCAUGGCGAUAGGCACAGCACUUCUGGGGCUCCUCGCUUUCCUGCUCGGCUGCUCCGGCACCUCUGCCAAACCCCAAAAUUCUGAGCGCUUCGCCAUGCGGAAGUGCGUCCUGGCUGGCAACUGGGUGAAUGACCAGGGCUCCAAGAUGGUCAUCUCCGACAGCAAUAAUUCCGGGGUGUUCAGCGGCUCCUACCUGACGGCCAUGGCUGCUACCGACAACAUCAUCCGGCCAUCCCCUCUUCAGGGUGUCCAGCACCAGGUGGACCAGCGGGCCCAGCCCACCUUCGGCUUCACCGUCAACUGGAGUUUCGCUGAGUCCACCACGGUCUUUGCGGGCCAGUGUUUCCUGGAUGAGGAUGGAGAGGAACAGCUGAAGACCACAUGGCUGUUGCGUGCGGAGGUGGGAUCCGUGGCAGAGGACUGGGGGGCAACCCGGGUUGGCACAGACACUUUCUACCGCACCAAGUGAGAGGGUGAAGAGAGCCAGGCUUCCGUGGUUUCUGCCUUGGCAGGGUGGGGUGGGGGGGCAAUCCUUCCUACCUCACCCAUCAGCCACUCUUCUCCAAUAAAAUGUUUUCCUGAGCAGCAUC